AUGAAUGCAUUUAGGAACGUCAACCUCGACUUCUUGGACAACCGCUGCGGAACCAAGAGAGUCGGAGCCAUCAAGUUCAAAUGGCAAGUUGAUAAAGCAGGCAUCAUCGAGACCUCUUUCAAAGCAGCAAUCGAGUUCAUCACGGCUACCGAUAUCAUCAUCAUCGUAUUCUGGGUCAAGGCCGACCAUGAAGCGUUUCCUCUGCCUCCAACGGCUGGAUCAUUCUUAUCACCCUCGGAAGGUAUCAUGACACAGAGUCGUGCUCCGACAGAUACAGAUACCCUACCAGGAGCUAAGAACCUCCGAGUCUCAGAGAUCAUUACCAUAGCAAAUAGGCGCGAAUACUUUGCCUCUUCUCGGAGGAUUUUGCAAGAACAUUCAGGGAGGCACAACGUGGAGAGUUCAAUGGUAGGACCCUGGGUGGAUAGUGAGAGUAGUGGCGACGAGGAUGGGACGCUGAUUGUGCGAAGUGUGGCAAAGUUAAGAGAGCCGAAGCCAUUGAGGAUCACAGAGGUGAGUAGCUUGGCAAAGAUUUGCCGUCUCGGAAGGAGUAGAGGGGAUUUGGAGUGA